GGAAGACAAGCAGGAAGUGGUAAAACAUUUCAUCUAUACAAUCAAGAAAGUGUUAGUUGUGAAGGAGACAUGCUGAAAAUAUCUGUAGGUUAAGUACGUAGGAUUAUUUUAAACUAAAUGUGGGACUAGAUAAGAUAAAGGGUGAGAUGUGAGAGUGUGUGAGAUUUCCAAUGUAUGGUCAACAAGUUGAGAGGUUGGCGACCACAUGGCGCAGUCAUCACCGUCUUUUACCAUGACCAGAUCAGGUGCCUUCAAACUCAGCAUCGUCUUCUUUCUCACCUUCAUCUUGUGCCUACCAGAGUUUUUUCCAAAAGUAUCACAAAUUCAGUUUUGCUGUGAGCCUUUUGACCCUUGCAGACCUGAAAAUGAUGCAAAGUUUUGUGGUCAGGCUGACCCUCCAUGUGCGACAGAACUUAUAAAUGCCAGCAGUCAACAGAGACGCGAUGAAGGAUGGUAUCUGUGUAAGGCUGAAUUUGAUCUGCGGCUUCUCCACAACAAUACCUCACAAUCAGUAGAGGAUGUGAUGGUGCUUCUGACAAUGAAGGCAGGCAAUCUCACUGGAUGGAACAUUAGCGUAUUUGCGUUUCUCAACAACACUGAACUAUACACUGGACCCCAAAAUGACCAGAGACUAUUCUACUGCUACCUCCCACCAGACAACAGCCAAUGUCCAGAUCUGAAGAUGUCCACAGAAGAACCCACACAACAAAACACCAGUCAUCCAAGACAAAACACCUCCAUUUUAAAAACCACUUCUUCUGCCAAACCAAUCAUCUCUUCUCUUAAAACAACUACAUCUUCGCAAGUAACAGCUUCUACACAUGAGCUUAAGUGCCAAACAACUAGCAGCAGUUUCCUCUUUUACUACCAGGAGCACAAUGAAACAGCCAGAUCUGCUGCGUUACCAGUUACACAAACAAAAAAAGAGGGCUGGGGUGUGAUCACUUCGGUGUGGUUGGCUCUGGUACUGACUGUGGUUGUGGUAACUCUAUUGAGUGUGGGCUGCCUGAUCUUCAAGAGCAAACAUAGAAAGUCCCAGUUGUUCACAAUUGUGCCGAUUUCAGCCAGCGGACAUCAGCUCAGCAAGCCAACAGAAAAUUUGAUGAGCAAUGUCCCUGAUGUGUCCAUAGGAAUGUACAGCAUGAGUGACGAUGAUGUAUUCUUUGAGAUCUCUUCAACUGAGAACAGAACAGAAGAAAACCUGCUCAGGUUAGCUGACCUUAUGUACAAGAAAAGAUUGUCACCAAUCUUUGAGAUUACAGAUGAAAAUGAGGAAGAGGAGCAAUGUAAUGCCCCAGAAACAAAGGAAGAGUUUAAAAAAUCAGAUCAGCUCCAACAUCUAGCAGCACAAGGCAACUGUGAACCAUCAACUUACCUGCAUCAUCGAAACAACUUUUCUUGUUCCGGUCAUUAAGAAAAUGGGGAUGCUUUAACCCUUUAAAUCAG